AAACCGGAAGACGGAAGGGAAUGAGUCUCCGGAGGAUCACGUGGUGUCGCUGACUUCUGAAAUGCUGGGGAGGGAUGGAGAAUAAAUCCGCUAUAACCCCUAAUAAGUCAGCGCUGACGGGCAGCGUGCGGAAGAUCAAAGACAACGCUGCGGACUGGCACAACCUGACGCUGAGGUGGGAGAGCUGCAAUGACACCGCGUUCAGCGCCGCCAGCAGGAUCGUCAACCUUAAAAUCAGCACCCUAUCACAUGAGAAGAUCUUACUAGAUGAUGCAGCGUCUGCUCCGGAGAACACAGCAAAGGAUAAAGAAGAACUGGAAAGACUGUGCUCAGAGUUACUGGACCUGCUGGAGAAAAUGCAAAAAAUUCAGCUGAAAAUGGAGAAGUUGACGUCCACAUUUAAAGGCGUUUGUGAUCUGGAAGCUUAUCAGUGCAGCCAUGAAAAUUCCAAGCCCGUACUUUUCCAUACAUGGCCUACAGCGCUAUUUUACAAGACCUCCUUAAAGAUGUCGGAAAUGUAUAAAAACGAAAUCUCCCUCAAGAAGACGAUUGUUGGAGAAAUAGCCCACACCUCGGACCAGGACUUGUUAUUGGUCUAUCUGUCCUGCUGGUUAUAUCAGCCGUACAUCGAUAAUAGUAUUAAAGUCUUACUAGAGGGCAUGCUGCUGGAGACUGGGCACCGGCCCCUAUGACUGAAGGUUCACACAUGGACCCGAAUUGCUUAAAGGGGUACUACCGUGGAAAACAAUUUUUUUAAAUCAACUGGUGCCAGAAAGUUAAACAGAUUUGUAAAUCACUUAUAUUAAAAAAUCUUAAUCCUUCCAGUA